AUACCGUAGAGCAGGAACUGGUUCGUUUGCCUCGCCGGUGCUGCUGGUGCUGCUGCAACACCUACAACCGACGGAGGAGAACGGGCUGACUGACAGGGUUCCCGACUACUUUUGGUGGAAUAACGCUGCACUGAGCUGCUUUUAAACAUUUUUACAGGCUUUAAUAGUUGGAGAGAAGAGCCUCUUCGCCAAUGGCAAGUCCGGUUGCAGACAUAGAACCGUCUCAUCAGCAUCACCCUGUGACCGAGUCGGCCGCAGACUCCGCAUUUCAGGAGGCGCAGAAAUGGAUAGAGGCUGUGACAGGAAGAUGCUUUGGUGACAAGGAUUUCAGAGGAGGUUUAGAGAAUGGGAUACUGCUAUGCGAGUUGCUGAGCUCUAUUAAACCCGGCCUGGUGAAGAAAAUUAACAGACUUCCAACACCCAUAGCUGGCCUGGACAACCUCAGUGUGUUUCUGCGCGGCUGUGAAGAGUUGGGACUGAAAGGCUCCCAGCUGUUUGACCCUGGAGACCUGCAGGACACGUCCACUCGCCCUACCGCUAAGGGAAGUGACUGCAGCCGAAAGCUCAAGAAUGUUCUAAUUACCAUCUACUGGUUGGGUCGUGCUGCCAACGGCUGUACCUCCUACAACGGGCCCACACUGGACCUGAAAGAGUUUGAGGGCCUGCUGUCACAGAUGCGAAAGGAGGCAGAGGAGGCAGAGAGCCCUAAACGCAGCAUUCGGGACAGUGGCUACAUUGACUGCUGGGACUCUGAGCGCAGUGACUCUCUCUCCCCGCCACGCCACGGCCGUGAGGACUCGUUCGACAGUCUGGACUCCUUCGGUUCACGCUCACGACAGACCCCGUCGCCGGACGUCCUGGUCGCCCGUGGCAGCAGCGAUGGCCGCGGCAGUGACUCAGAGUCCGACGGUCCCCCCCACAGGAAGAUGCCAGAUGUCCGUAAGGAUGACAUGUCCGCACGGCGGACGUCAGUCAGCGAGCCACGUACCGCGAUGCCCUUCAACCAAUACCUGCCCAACAAGACCAACCAGAGUGGAUAUUUGCCCACGCCACUCCGCAAGAAGAAGAAUGAUAAAGAAGAUGGAGGACGCAAGAGUUGGAGUACUGCCACUUCCCCUAUAGGUGGAGACAGACCUUUCAGUCCAAAUGAGGUCCCUAGCCUAGACGCCCCACCUGGAGAGUCCCCCAGCCCGUCCCCCACCCCGUCCCUCAAACCCCAGAUACAGAUUCACAAGGAGAGCCAGGCUAAAAACGAGGAGGAGGAAGGGAAGCAGACACCUUGCAUUGAGAUCCUCGCAGCGGGCGUGAGGAGGAGCAGUGAGCCUCUGCCCUGUAGCCUCCUCCAGCCCUAUGCAGAGCCCCCCAUGGACACUCUAACUCACCUGAUGGUCACCUCUGAGCAAAGUACUCCUGCUCGCUCGUGCUCAGAGGAACUCUUCCACGGUUCGACAACUCUAGCCGCAAACGCUAUGGCAUCUCCCUUGGUUGCAACAAGCCACUUCAUCUCAUCUGGGAAACAUCCACCUGUGGCAGAGCAGGAGGAGACAACCGUGAGGAAGGGAGUCGGCGGUGCCCUGUUAGUUGCAGAUGCAGAGCGAGAUGAGAAGCGGACCCGCCAAACGUCUCCCAAACAUGUCACCACACAUAGUCCCUCCCACUUCCUUCCAGUGUCCACUGCCAUGGCAACUGCUACAACAGCAAAAACCGAUACAGGCCGACGGAAGGGAAGGGCACGGAGUGAAAGUGAGGACCCACAAGGAGGGACAUCUUGGUUGGACAGCAAUCUUCCAUCAAUAUUCAGCCGCACUCAUAGUGUGUCAGAUGACUCACAGAGUAUGAGUAUGAUUGACAUGCGAGGUGAGGAAGAUGCCAUCUUGCAGCCCCACAGUCAGGUGCGUCAUGAACUGAUGCACAACCAGUACAACAAGAUGAAGGAAGAGGAUGAUCACUGGCAGGAUGACCUGGCCCGAUGGAAAAAUCGGAGGAGGAGUAUUUCCCAGGACCUAAUCAAGAAGGAGGAGGAGAGGAAGAUGAUGGAGCGGUUGAUGUCAGGAGGCACCUGUCCCUCAGAGAGGAGGAGAAGCAUCAAGACUUACAGAGAGAUAGUGGAAGAGAAGGAGCGCCGUGAGGAGGAGCUGCGGGAUGCAUACAGGAGAGCCAGAACCCCAGAGGAGGCAUCCUCUAUCCUCCAACGUUACGCCCAGCGUUUCUCCAUCAGUGAAACAGUCCUGGAACGCCUACAGCUACCAAAGAUCCUGGACCGCAGCAUAUCUGCUGAUCCCUCCUUUCCCUGCACACCCUUCCCUCUCUCCCUUUCCCUGUCCGCCUCCCCAACAACCCCAGACCCCUUUGACAUGGACCCCAACGGGCCCAUGAGGUAUCUGCGCCAGCAGUCCGCCCCAGCCCCGAAGUUUACGUCUACAUUGGAGGCGCGAAUUGAGGAGCUUCCCAAAGACUCCUCACACCAGCGACCUCAGAUUCGCUCUCGCUCAUCUGAGCCUCCAUCUACGCGAGGCCUGUCGCCCAAACCGGUGCCUUUGCUGACGCCCAAGCCUUACUUCCAGUCACGACCUACAGCUGCUGAACCAUGGCCCAGCAAGGCGGAUGUUUUGCUCCGAGUCAAUGGUGACAUAGGGAGCGUCGACGUUCCCACCACGCCUGAGACUCAAGGAAGGGAAUCUCCUCCUCAUUUCCAGGCAUCCCCUUCCCAAACCAGCAACAGCACUGUAGAUGCUCCCUCGUCUGCAGCCUCACCAACACACGCCUCAACCAGAGGAAAAAUCCCAGUGUCAACAAAGACCAAGGAGGCACAAGGUGGCACAGAAUCACCUUCUAAGGAUGUCAAAGAAGAGAAGAUCAUUGAGCAUUCUACACCACCCAGCCGGCCCACCUCGCUUCCAUCGGAGCUCCAGAAGCCAGAAGAAAGCUUUGGGAAGACUGAAAACAAGUCAGUAGCUCCUCCAGAGGAAGAGAAGUCAAAUGCUGCAGCUCAACAAACACCACCUGCAGAAGCCAAACAAGAAAAAACUGAACUAUCUGGUCAAAACAUCUCCAGCCUUGUCCAGUCAGGGGUAAGCACACAGCAGAGUCAGGCUGUAACUUUACAGGCAAGUAUUCCCAGUUCUCAGGAGCCGUCACAGAUAAGAGAUAAUGUACCAAGCUUAGCUGCACCAGGAACAUCUGGAUGUCACACAUCAAAGGAAACAACAGCAGAGUUUGCAAACAGUGUCAGGUCUCCGCUGGCAACCAGCAACCCUAAGUUACGCUGGGACUUCUUCGCUCCGCCAGAGGAGGCGGAGAAGGAUUGCCGUGGAAAGGUGUCGGUCCCGGUGUUGCCCCAGGCCAGGCGGGGUGACCGCUGGUCUUGGGACCCGGAUGAGGAGCGAAAGCGUCAGGAAAGGUGGCAGCAAGAGCAGGAGCGCAUGCUGCAGGUACUCAGUAUACCUCAAACGGUAAAGCAUGGCGCAUGAGUCUGCAAGGUUAGGGGUUCAGUUCCUUAUAGAGUUUAGUGGGUAGAGAAAGGCACCAGCACUGUGAGGAUUAGGUGCAGAAGCAACUGAGUGUACAAAC